GGGCUCUCACUCACACUCAGUCUCAAUCUGUGCAUUAGUUGUCAAACUCAAAAUUGAAAAGUUUAUAGUGAAAAAAAAUUUUUCAUUGUAUUUAAUAAUUAAUCAAUCUGUGUAUUUAAUGAAAAUAAAAGCGAAGAAAAUCAGGAUUAAAAUAGAACUAAUAUAAACUGCCAUAGUGCCAAUCUUUUUUAGUUAUUUAUCUCAAUUAUUAAUACCAUAAUGGAAGGGGAGGAACUUGGUGGCGACUUGGUAAGAAUGGAUCAUGGUUUUCUAGUUGAUGACGAAACCUAUGUGGUAAACUCUGAUGAUGUUUUAGAGCAAGAAGAAAACAAUUCCGACUCAAACGACAGAGGCAAGAAUGCGCCCCUCAGAGAACAGGACAGGUUCUUGCCCAUUGCUAAUAUUGCUAAGAUUAUGAAAAGAGCCAUUCCAGAAAAUGGAAAGAUAGCAAAAGACGCCAGAGAAUGUCUGCAAGAGUGCAUCUCAGAGUUCAUCUCGUUCAUAACGAGUGAGGCGAGUGACCGCUGCCAGAUGGAGAAGCGCAAGACUAUCAAUGGCGAGGAUGUGCUGUUCGCCAUGAACGCCCUGGGCUUUGACAACUAUGUGGAGCCUUUGAAGAUAUAUCUGAAGAAGUACAGAGAAAUUAUAUUAUCUCCUGUCACAAUCAACAAACUGAACAAGACAAUAGUGUUUUAUGGUGACGGACAAUGCACUUCAAGUGAAAACGAGAUAGAGACAUCGUCAGAAACAGUAAUAUAUGGAUAUCCUAAAGUCAUUGGAGAGUAUGAAAUAUCUUAAGCCUAGACAUAAACAUAUUGUCUGUGAGCGUGAAAAUUAUAAUGUAUUUGAAUUAUUUUUGGCUGACACCCAAACACAUUAAGCAUAUGGUCCAUCUGAUGAUAAGUGACAACAGACGCCUACAAACAGAAAAGAAUGUACUGCAAAGUGCAGCCCUGAGGAGUAACUUUUAAGCCUUAUUGGAUUGCAAUUCAGUGCCUGUAUGUGCGUAGGUGUCAAGUGCCUAAUAAUUAUUUACAUAUUACACGAAACCAUUAAUUGUAUCGUGUACUAGCGAACGCCUGCGAUGUAAACUAAACGUUCCUCUUAAUUAAUGAUAAAAAUAGUUACGAUCCGUUGCGUAGUUUAAAAGAUCCAAGUUGGUUUAUGUUAAAAAUUUACGCAUUUGCAAGUUAGUGUAAUAAAGGGUGUUUUAAGGAUCAAAUAACCAUCUCUCAAGGUCAGCGACCUGUUGGCAUGCUGCACAUGGCAUGGCAUCGCUCGUCGUUUAAGUGAGAAAAUAAAAUAUAUACCUACUUUCAGCAUAAAAGUGAAUCUAAAGUGAAUUAAACGUAAACCUUUAUACAGUCAGAUAAUUCGUCUUUUAUUCAUCAUUAAUCAUUAUAUUUCGUCCAUUCAUUCCUCAGAUAUAAUUUUACCAAGUAGUGGUCCUUUAACUUCACGCAACAACGCAUUUUUCAGAGAUUUAUUUCCUUUACAUCGGAUUGUCAACAAACAAAAUAUUCAAAUAACGAGUAGGUAUAAUGCCUGCUUACUAUUACUACUUAAAGUAAAUAUGUGGUAACGAAUAAAAAUCAACCAACAGUUAGGAUAGAAAAUUUAUUAAUUAAGGCUUUCAUUAUUUGUAAUGUAAAAUAUAGUUAUAAUUGAAUUUUUUAAGAUUUUGGUUUUAAUGUGGAAAAUAUUGCAUUGCUGUUUUUUAAAUAUAUAAAUUAUUAUGUAUACA